UGGUUUCAACUCAACAUGCAGAAACAACAGCGGCGAAUGACCGCUCCAGCCGGCUCACUCCAACCCCCAGAAGGUAGUUAUCAUCAACCAACCGCCAAUCGGCCGUCCUCUCCUUUGAGAAAUGGCUUCUUGCCUAACAGUACUUCUACCGGGAUCGAUCCCCAUUUCGAACACGACGAAGAGCAUGAAGACUGGAGGUCUCCUUCUCCCGCAUCGUCUGUCUCUCAUGUGAGCCAAAUGGCUGCAAGUUUUGUCCGUUCAAUGAUGGACGCGGUUGCACCCAAGACGCCGGGCGUGCCAGAAGAUGAGCAGGAGGCUGAAAGGGAGAGGGAUAGAAGCAGAAGAGAGGCUGAGCGCAUAUUAACGAGAGAGGCAGAAGACAGACGGCUGGAGGAAAGGGUUCUCGCAAUGAUGGAAAGCACUAAAGCUCUUCCCCCUCCGCCAUCUAGGACGCAAUCAAUGGACCCACCCUCACCAUCAGGGUCUCAGAAAGAGGGUGGAUGGUGGACUGCAGCGAAGAACCGUUUGACUCCAAACAAGGACUUGACACCAGCUCAGCAAGUAAUUCAAGAAGCGAAGGCUCGGGAAAAGGAAAACAAGAAGAAUGCGAAGGGAAAGGAGAAGGAAUGGGCCAAGUACAACAAUCCAUCUUAUUCCAGUCUCGUUCCACCUCCAUCUCGUUCUCAGGCACCUUCACCAUCUUCACCAUCGACUCCCUCUCCAUCACCUUCUCGACCACAGAAUUCUAACAUGCCGCCAAAUCUUACACCAUCACCCAUGCGUGCGGACCCUUCCAAAGAGAAAGAGGCACCUCCGUUAUAUGCACACUUCGACGAAACAACGGGCACUUUGGACGUUCAUGUCACGCUCCUCACGAUAGCCAAACGAUUCGAGAAACUGGAAAAGUGGACAGUGGGUCAUGUCCGAGCAUUAGAGGAAAGAAUGGGUGACGUAGAAAGGUGGCUGGUUGACAAAGAGAACGAUAAGGAGUCUCAUAAGACGCCAAAUGAAGACGGAGAAGGGUUGGCUGAGAUUCGUGAGGGUCUUCAUGAACUACAAAGUCGGGUUUCUUCCCUCGGACGUGAAAUGGCCAAGUUCGCAGUUACGCCUGCCAAUCUUUCUCAGCCAACCAAGGCACGAUACCCUGCCGAAAUAUCGGCCAGUCCCAACACCCCUUCGUCAUCAUUUGCCAUCCCUGGCACAUCUCCGCGUACUGUCUCUGGACAUACUGCCCUUGACUCUACAUCCCCACCUAUGAGGUCUAAUUCGACAAGCAGCACGCGAUUACCUUACCCGACAGGUGACUACACUUCUCCAACGCAGUCUGCGCUACCCUCCCGCGAUGUUUUCACGGCCUCACCAACGACUGAAUCCCAUUCCAUCUCCGGUCUUCCAAGCACGGCGCCCCCUCUUUCGACCUCUACCUCUUAUUCAAACGCGUCCUUCUCUUCUGUAUCAUCACUCUCUAUGAAAGCGAGCGAACUUCCAGUGCCCAAGCCUCCCUCUCGCUCUGGCCGUGGAAGUGUAAGCCCAACACCACGAAAGCGAUACACCGUGGCGCUAGGAGGAGCAGAUUCGGACUCCGACUCAAACGUUGAGAUGGGUACGGCCACAUUUUCAGGUUCUGAUGGCGAAGAAUUUGGUGGUGGCGACACUAUUGGCAAAUCUGCUGCAGCCAAACUUGCACAAAAGGCAUCAACGCCGUUGAAAGAGCCACGAGUGCGUGCCCAAUCCGCGUAUGGGCUUUCUUCCAUCCUUCAUGCUUCUCCCAAUACUGUUUCGUCCUUGGCGGAACGCCGUCCCUCACCCAUACCACACGGACGCUCCAAGUCUAUUGACCGAUUUGGAACGGGUAAUAAUUUUGUCGAUCCGCUGGUGCUGAGGAAACAGACCAGCAACGUCGGAAAGGAUGGGACAAUAAAACCAUUGAGCGGGAAGCCCGUUGCCCAAAUGGUGGCGUUCUUCGACGGAGACCGCAAGUGA